AUGGGUCUUUUCAAGCGCAAGGACUCCAAAAACUCGAUCCAUACCGAGAGGGAUGAACAAGAAUCCUUUGUGUCGGCUAACAGCGCUCGUACAUCCAAUGCCUCAUUGAAAUCUCCUGGUUUCAAGGGAAGUGGCAGUGGCUUGCCCGCUUCCAUCCCGGAAAUUUCGAUUGCCAAACCGCCCGACCCAGCCUUGGACCCUGCAGCUUACCUGCGAAGCAUACAUGCUGUUCGAGAGCGUUCUAGAUUCGUCUUUGGGAAGGCGAAAAGAAACAAGCUUAACCAUUUCGAUGUUGAUAUGAGCAAGUUCGAAGCCACCGCGUCCUACAUUGUGUCCAUCAUCAAGAGAGAUUAUGCUCCAGACUAUGAUUCGAUUCCUCCCCAUGGUCGCUGGCAGCACUUCGAUGUUGGUGGCCGACCCCGCAUCAAUCAGCUGCUACAGUCCUGGCCUAGCACGAUCGAUGCGCAAGAACGAACUCGGCGAUUAAUCGACCUCUUCGUAGUUUCCGUCCUCUUGGACGCUGGUGCUGGAACUAGAUGGUCUUACAAAUCGAAGGAAUCUGGCAAGUUCUUCUCGCGGAGCGAGGGGCUGGCUGUUGCUACACUUGAGAUGUUCAAGAGCGGACUUUUCAGUAGUGACCCUACCGAGCCAUGCCAGGUGGAUGGCGCCGGCUUGAAAAAGAUUACGGUAGAACUGCUGGCGAAGGGCAUGCAACACUCGGAGAGCAACCCAUUGGCAGGUAUCGAAGGUCGUGCGGGACUCUUGAUUCGACUCUCCGAGGCAUUGAAUAAUCAGGAUUUCUUCGGGGUGGAUGCUAGGCCAGGGAACAUGCUAGACUAUCUUCUCUCACACCCCUCGACACAAGCUUCAUCGGUCCCUAUCAUUCCUAUUACAACGCUAUGGUCCGUCCUUAUGGACGGGUUGACGCCAAUCUGGCCGCCUUCCAGAACACAAAUCGAUGGGCUGUCAAUCGGAGAUGCUUGGCCAUGCUCUGACUUACCCCCAUCCCCUCCCGCGCAACCUUGGGAGACUAUUGUCCCAUUCCACAAACUCACGCAGUGGUUGUGCUAUUCCAUCAUGGUUCCGAUGUCGAAACUGAUGAAGAUUCAUUUUGCCGGCAGCGAGCUCCUAACCGGUCUUCCCGAGUAUCGCAAUGGCGGCCUGUUGAUCGAUAUGGGUUUGUUGACUCUCAAGGAGGCUGAUUGUCAACGGGGCAUUGCUGCAUUCAAAGAGAAUGCGCAGAUCAAGGGUCAACCAAAUAUGGAAGUUGUUCCUCUUUUCUCUACCGACGAUGAUGUAGUCGUGGAAUGGCGCGCCGUCACAGUUGGGUUUUUGGACGAGCUGCUCGUGGCGGUAAACUCUCAGCUAGGGUUGGUUGGAGAGGACCAGUUAACCCUUGCACAAAUGCUCGAAGCUGGAUCAUGGAAGGGCGGCCGGGAGAUUGCCGAGGUAUCGAGGCCAAACACUAAGGAACCACCGAUUAUGAUACGCUCCGAUGGUACUGUUUUCUAAUGUUUAGCAUACCCUGUCGAUUCGUGAUACCUGACUCCGCCAGCUAUACCUGUUUAUGGGUGGCGGAAGUCCUUACGACCUUUUAAUGACCAUAUGCUUAUGCCUUCCGUUCUUUCCACUUCACUCCAUCGACAUAUUUGCGAAAGGAGCUAUAUCUUCUGCUGUAGAGCUACUAUUUGGGAUGGUGAUACAUUCUUGUACAUUUCUUUUUUGGGGGGGGGGGGAUGUCUCUAAAAGCAUUGACGACCUCGGGACUGGCGACAGAUUUACGUACUGCCUGUGAGCUGUGAUCUGACGCCACCCGUUAUCUAAUAUUACGCGCUCCCUGAUAUUCAAGGAAGCGAUACGGCCUUUUAGUCUGUGUGGCCUUGUUCUAACAUGUCAAUCCAAGCAUAAUUGACUUUCUAGAUCUUAAAGGUGGAAUCGCCUCGAAGGCGAUAUUUUUGGGGAUAGUAGCGUAGUCAGUCUACAGACAAUAGUGUAGUAUAAUGAAAUUCAUUAUAGCCCGGAGCUAGAGGCUCAUGCUAGCCAUGGAUACUCUAA